AUGAUAGACAAAUUAAUAAUUUACUACGGCUUAGCAAUAGGAAGAAAUUGUGAUUCCGUAGAGAACAUGCGUAAUGCAAUAUGGGCUACAUACUAUCAUUAUUAUUCAUCGGACGAAAAUCCGGAAUACGAGAAGUGCCCAAUCGAACCGGAAUCAUGGUGCUCUUGGCAUCGGGCAGCAGCUGCGAAUGCAUUGUCCACAUUCGAACACGAAUAUCAACUAUUGCCACAGGAUGUUGCUGAGACUGUGCAUCCAAUUUAUAUCGAUCUGAGCAAUGAAAAAUUAUUAGAGAGAUGUGUGGGUGAUUUCACACAGAACAAUAAUGACAGCUACAAUCAGCUCAUUUGGAAAAUUACUCCAAAAAUCGUUCCCUGUGGCGCAAAAAUAGUGGAACUAACUGCAAACGUCGGUGCCGCUAUAUUCAAUGAAGACACAGCAUCAUUGUUAUUCUACAUGAGUGCUAUGAGACUUUGGUUGGGGCCGAAUGCACAUUCAUAUGCCCGAAAAGAGGAUCCGAAGUGUAUCAAAAUAGCUGACCGGAUAACGCAUGAGAACACACGAGAGGGAAAGAUUGGCCCGAAGGCAACACCAAAUCGGCAUAUUAGUGUUACGUCCGACACGUCUGAUCCCGAAAGAAAGUACGUGGAGGGUGAACUUCCUUAUUUAUUUUAG